AUGUGCUCUAUCAGAGGUUUCACCCGUCAGGUUCCGAGAUGGACCCAAAUACGGUCUCUAUCAACAUUGGACGGACAUCCUCAUAUUUAUGUCUUCCCAAGCAAUGGAGCGCACCUCCUAUCACUUCUACCGACUGAGCCUCCGAACGACGACCUGUCCAUUGGUAUCACCUUGAAGCUCCCUCCCACCACUGACUCUUUCCGCGAGAACCCCAAGUUUCUUCAAGUUCUUCAGGAAGUCGUCGCGAAGCAUGGGCACGAAGACCCCGACGCAAUUUCACAGGCCCAGGUAAUGGUAUCCACGUCUGGCGCUAACAUCGCUUCGGGCGGCGUGCUCAUGCCUGGCUCGCGCACUCGACGACGACGCGGUGAUGUGGACAUGACCAGCGGGGCUAGCGGCCAAGGUGGUGCUGGAUCUGCUGGGAGAGGGGGCUGGAUACAUAUCUCGGACAACCGACGGCCACCGGAGUACGGAAGGAUUGCAUGGUAA